GUAUACUUCCGCGUCCAAUGCAUGUUCAUGUGUAGGUUGAAUGGAUGAAACUGAGAGUGCGGAGAGGUAUAGGCAUGCUGUGAUACGGCCGUAUAUAUAUUUGCGGUCAGGACUAUCUUCUCUUAAAGACAACCUCCGCCUUGCAUUGGUUUCCACUCAGUGAUGUCGCGUAUUUGUGUGGCGCACCUGUGAAGAGCGAGACAGGCAGAAGCCGGUUUUUUUAAUUAUUUGAUUCCUUUUCUUUCUUCUGUUCUUUUUUUCCCUUUUGUUUCAUGCAUUUGCUGAAAGGAGAUCAUUUCUGUGUUUUGAUUUAAUAAAUAUUUCAUUUCCUCAUUUUAUCUUGUUUGUGUUGGCUUUUAUGUUUCCAAGUUUGAACUAAGAGAGCGGAAUUCAUCAUUGUGCAAGCUACAAUAUUGGCCAGGUGUUUCAUUCAGAGAUUGUUUGCCAAAGGACGUCCCUAACUUUCAUUUAUAGAAACGACGGCAACUCCAAACUAACAUGGCAGUCAGACUGUGCGAUGUGGCUUCUCUGCUUAGAAGUGGUUCGUGGGCGCCUGAGCCUUGGACUGGGCAAGUAAUUGCUGCCAUGGAAACACAGAUGUCCAACGGGCCAACUUGCAACAACACGAGCAACGGUCCUGCAACAAUCUCAAACAACUGCUCCUCACCUGUAGAGUCAGGGAGCAUAGAGGACAGUAAAACUAACUUAAUAGUCAACUAUCUGCCUCAGAACAUGACCCAAGAAGAGUUGAAGAGUUUGUUUGGGAGCAUCGGAGAAAUUGAGUCCUGUAAACUCGUACGAGACAAAAUAACAGGGCAGAGUCUGGGCUACGGAUUUGUGAAUUACGUGGACCCGAAAGAUGCAGAAAAGGCCAUCAAUACCUUGAAUGGCUUGAGACUUCAGACCAAAACCAUCAAGGUUUCCUAUGCGCGUCCAAGCUCUGCCUCCAUCAGAGAUGCAAAUUUGUACGUCAGCGGCUUGCCAAAAACUAUGCCGCAGAAGGAACUGGAGCAGCUCUUCUCUCAGUAUGGACGCAUUAUUACCUCACGUAUUCUGGUGGACCAGGUGACUGGUGUUUCCAGGGGGGUUGGCUUCAUUCGUUUUGACCGGCGAGUUGAGGCUGAGGAGGCCAUCAAGGGCCUAAACUGUCAGAAGCCACCUGGUGCCACUGAACCCAUUACAGUCAAGUUUGCAAACAACCCGAGCCAGAAGACCAGUCAGGCACUGCUGUCCCAGCUGUAUCAGUCACCCAAUCGAAGGUACCCAGGACCCCUCGCACAGCAGGCACAACGCUUCAGGUUGGACAAUCUGCUGAACAUGGCCUAUGGCGUCAAAAGCAGGUUCUCCCCCAUGGCCAUUGAUGGGGUGACCAGUUUGGCUGGCAUCAACAUCCCAGGGCACGCAGGCACUGGCUGGUGUAUCUUCGUCUACAACCUGGCUCCUGAUGCAGAUGAAAGCAUCCUUUGGCAGAUGUUUGGGCCGUUUGGAGCCGUCACAAAUGUCAAGGUUAUUCGCGACUUCAACACAAACAAGUGCAAAGGAUUUGGUUUUGUCACCAUGACUAAUUAUGAUGAGGCAGCUGUGGCCAUUGCCAGCCUGAAUGGAUACCGCCUCGGGGACAGAGUUCUGCAAGUCUCAUUCAAAACCAACAAAACACACAAAGCCUGAAAAACCUAUUGAGAUUGUUUCUUAGAAAAAAAACAGGAAAUGAGAAAAUGGAGGCGUAUUGACCGUAACUUUCUACAUUAGUAAAAUCAGCUUUGUAAUCAAUAUUUAGCGUCCAACAAUGUGAUUUAUUUAUUUAUUUUUUUUCUCCAUUGCUACGCUUUGAAUCUUCUCAGUAUAGUUUAAACAGAAAAAAAAUCAGCAGGUUUUAAUGCCUGCGAUGUUGAAUCUCUCGCUGUCUUUCAGAUGGACCACCUAAAACGUUACUACAGGUUUUGUCAUUUUGUUGCACAAUGCUUUGAAGCAGUAAGUCUUGUACGGUUAUGUGUUGUGAUUAUUUUCUUCUUUUUUUUUUUUUUUUUUUUUUCUUUCGUUGUAAUUGUGUCCUGAUUUGCCAUAGGUGCGUUUUGCCUUGAGUGAUUAGCAAGUACUUAUUUUGAGCUGUGUUUUGGUUUUGUUGAUUUUUGCCAGUUUAUUGUAAUAUGAGUUGGUUAUUGGUUGGCUGCAUAAUGUUGCUUAUUGUAAACUUAAUGGCUAAAAAGACAAAAAAAAUUCUUAAAGCAGUACCUUGCCAAAGAGCUAAGAACCUCUUUGAUGUGGGUUUAAAAAGCAUCUAUUUUUAUAAAAAGAAAAAUUUGGAGAAACUUUUUACUGGACCUGGAACAAAAUAUUUUGACUUGGAUACUUUGAGAAAUAUCUUCAUAUGACACCUUGUGAGCUUUUGAACUUUACAAGAAAGUUUGCAGUGGUUGACAUUUCUGGAGAGAUUUAUGAUGUAAAAGAUACCUUUUGAGAUCUUUGUAUUAUCUUUAGAUUAUAGAAUCAGUGGUAAUGCUGGUUUCAUUUGUAAAUCUGUGGGUCCUCAGUCAUCCUGGUUGCCUGGUCGACUAGCAACUCUUUCCGAUUCAGAUUUGGAAACGGAUAAAAAUAAAAAGGUUGAUUUGCAAACCGUGCAUGCAAAAUUACAAUAAGAUCUUAAAAGGUAAACUGGGGUGGGGGGAUUAAAAUCAGUUCUUCCUCUAAAAUUACUUUCAGAUGGAACUCAUGGUGUUUUGUGGUGUACCUACAAUAUAUCAUUAGACUGAUUUUUGUCUUAAUAUCAACCAUAGGGGGUUUUUACGUACUUGCUAUGAAAGAUUGAGGACAAGCAGAUGAAGGCAGCCGCAUUAAAAAAUAAAAAUAAAAAGGUCUGAAGAAUCGGAUGAUUCCUGAGCUUUGAGCUGUGUAAAUAAGUCCUUUUUUACGUUGAGUAUUUGGCAGACUUCUUUUGGUUCUAGUUUGGACUUCAUUGAUAAGUGAUUGUUUUUUUGUUUUUUUUAUUUUUAUCUUGGAGUAUGUAAGAUUUCUUUUUUACAUUUGCCUUUUUAAUUUUCCUGAGUUUACUUGAUUUGUUGUCCUAUGGACUAGCAUUACAGUGCAUCAAAUUUGUUGUUUGGUCUGUAGAUAGCCUUGCUUCGUUUAAAAAAAGAACAAAAAAACAAAAGUAUUAAACUAUAGACAUUUUGUUUGUUUUUUUUUUUUUAUAUAUAAACAUUAUAGAUAUAUAUUUAUGUGGUAAAGAAUGGAUAUAAACCACAGUUUUGAACUUUUUUUUUUUCUUUUUUUUUUUCAUACGCAUAUAUAUCCGUAAUGCAUAUAACCUGUCUUAAAAUCGUAUAAAGGUGUAUAUUGCUUUAUUCUCUUUGGGGAAGGACAGUGAAGCAGUUGCAUUAACGAUAACGAAAAUUAGUUGCUAAAGUUUGUCAAACAUCGAUCUUGACCAAAUCCUCAGACGCACUGACAACUGCACCUGCAUCCUGCUUGGUAUUUGAACCAAUUACUAGUCAUGCUUCCCCUUAAAUGAGCAGUGUGCUAUGCAUUAUGAUUCUUUGCAACUGCUUUUUCUUUAUCUAUUCCUUCUUUGUGUUAUUUGUAAAAGUUUAACUUUAAGUCUAGGUGAGUUGUGAUACACGCUGCUGUGGGGGGAGAGCGUGCAUUUUUCAUGCCUGACCCAUCGUUGUCGGUAAUUUUUUCUUUUUGUAAACUCUUAACAAUUAUUUGGUCCUGGCAAAUUGUGCGGAUGGUCCGGCAUGGAAAAAUGUUCCCUUCCAACCCCCCCCUUUAUCUCAAUUCUUAAUGAGAAUGAUUAUUUAAAGUUGUAUAGUCUGACUUGGUUGAAGGCAUUUUUGGAAUAGAAUCUUUUGUUUAUUUAAAAUGAUGUACAUGUUCUUUACUUUAAAUACUUUGUAUUAUUUGUGUUCAGUACAUCAAUAAAUAAGUUUGAAGGGCAA